AUGGAGAAAGGCGAAGUUGUUCAUGACGAACAUGUCAACACGCCAGAGUGGCGAGCGCUCGAGAAGAAGCUGGUCCGCAAGCUUGACAUGACUUUGCUGCCGGUAGUGUGGAUCUUAUACUUGUUCAACUACUUGGACAGGAACAACAUCGCCCAAGCCAAGCUAAACACCUUUGAGAGAGACCUUAAGCUACACGAUGACAAUUUCAAUACUGCUGUGUCUAUCCUCAACGUCGGAUAUAUGCUUGCUCAACUACCAUCCAACAUGCUCAUUACCCGCAUUCGACCCAGUCUCUACCUGCCUGCCUGCGUCGCCGUAUGGUCAGUCGUGUCUGCCGCCACAGCAGGUGCACAGAACUAUGGAAAUUUAAUUGUGAUUCGAUUCUUCCUUGGCAUUGUGGAAGCCCCUUUCUUCCCUGGAGCAUUCUACCUCCUGUCCUGUUGGUACACGCGAAAAGAGUUGGCCUUACGUACCGCCGUCUUAUACUCCGGACUGGUCCUUGCAACCGCAUUUUCAGGCUUGAUCGCAGCUGGUGUGUUCUCAGGCCUCGAUGGGGCCCGAGGUAUACCAGGCUGGCGGUGGCUCUUCAUCAUCGACGGUGCAGGCAGCUUCUUUGCUGCAAUGGUCUCCUUUUUCCUGCUGCCAGAUUAUAUCGAAUCCAAAACUGGAAGUGGCAAGUGGCUCUUUACAGAGGAGGAGCGAGAAUUGGCCGCGAAGAGAAUGGCUCUGGAUCGCGUAUCAUUGCCAGAGGCUGAUCACUCUGUCUGGUAUGGCGUACGGCUGGCUCUGAAAGACACUCGAACUUGGAUAUUCGUACUCCUUCUUUGCUCGAACCACACUGCCUACGGAUUCAACUACUUCUUUCCCACCAUUGUAAACGGCUUCCAUAUCGGCUCGCAGACAAUCACUCUCACCCUCACAGCGCCUCCGUAUCUCUUUGGUGCAGCUGUCUCUUUUCUUGUUGCCUACUCCAGCGAUCGCCAUAACGAGAGAGGCUAUCAUAUAUGCGUUCCUAUGGCCGUUGCAUCCGUAGGCUUCAUCAUCUCGGCUGCCACUCUCAACAUAGGUGCCCGCUACUUUGCGUCUUUCCUCUACUGUUCAGGCGCUUUCGCAGCGAAUGCCAUGGUCUACUCGUGGGCUGCAAGCACGCUGAACCAGACGCCGGAAAAGCGCGCGGCUGGAACAGCAAUCGUCAACUUACUUGCCCAGCUCGGUAACAUUUGGAGCCCAUAUUUCUUCCGUCCCGGCGAUUCGCCACGGUAUGCGCUUGCCAUGAUACUCAUGAUGGUUUUUUCUUUUAUUAGUAUCGGGUGCUCUUUGUUGCUCAAGUUUGUACUCCGAAGAGAGAACAAGAAGAUAUUGGCAGAAGCAGAGGGGACUGGGCAGGCUGUCACACUGUUUACUUUGUAG